AUGGGUCAGAUUUUAUCACAUCCCGUGGUUGAAAAACAUACGGAGGAUGGCCAUGAUAAGUUUUUAGCUUAUGGGUUAUCAUCCAUGCAAGGAUGGAGAGUCAAUAUGGAAGAUGCACAUGCUACAAUAUUGAAUUUGCUGACGGUAAACAAAGAGGAUGACGAAUUGAGAAUUAGUAAAGACAAUGGCAGCGAUGACGGUGAUGACGGCGAUGACGGCGCUACUGACGACGAAAGAAACGAAUCUGAAACUGUUGUGAAUAGUCAAAACGAGGCUUUAGCAGUUGAUGAUAAAGUGGAUGAUGCAGUAGGAGAAGUUUCAAAAGAGGAUCUAGAACAUGUUGCAUUUUUUGGGGUUUACGAUGGACACGGAGGAGAAAAAGCUGCUAUAUUCACCGGGAAGCAUUUGCAUCACAUAAUUAUGGAAACUGCCGAGUACAAGAAAAAGGAUUACGUAAAUGCGUUGAAGCAAGGUUUUUUAAAUUGUGACGAAGCCAUUUUGAAAGACGUUUUCAUGAAAAACGAUGAAAGUGGAUGUGCAGCAACUUCAGCAAUCAUAACCCCUAAAUCAAUCAUUUGUGGUAAUGCCGGUGAUUCCAGAACCGUUAUGUCGAUAAAUGGAUUUGCAAAGCCAUUGUCAUACGAUCACAAACCUUCAAACGAAGGCGAGAAAACAAGAAUAAACGCUGCAGGUGGGUAUGUUGACAUGGGCCGUGUCAAUGGAAACUUGGCAUUGUCAAGAGGUAUUGGGGACUUUGACUUUAAGAAAAAUGCAGAUUUGCCAGCAGAAGAACAAAUUGUAACUUGUUUUCCUGAUGUUAUACUGCAUGAGAUCAACUAUGAAGAUGACGAAUUUGUAGUGUUAGCAUGUGAUGGUAUUUGGGAUUGUUUGACAUCUCAAAAAUGUGUUGAAUGUAUUAGAAGGGGAAUUUACGAAAGAAAACCUUUAACACAAAUUUGUGAAGAAAUGAUGGAUUUAUGCUGCGCGCCAACAUCUGAUGGCUCAGGUAUUGGAUGCGACAAUAUGUCCAUAGUCAUUGUGGCCUUGUUGAAUUAUGCGGCAAAUGAGACUAUAGAAGAAUGGUAUCAAAAAAUCAUAAAUAAAAUUGAAAUUGCUCAAGAGGAGGUUCACUAUAAUAAAACCGAGGUGGAAGAUAGUGAUCAUGAUUACCAGCAUCCCCAGCCUCCUCGGCAUCAACAACAAGCUAAAUAUGGAUCUAUUUCCGAGCCCUAUGAAAAAAUAUACAAGGGAAUGUAUGGAUACCGUUACGAAAUGGGUCUGCAGUUUGAACGAAGCGGUGGUGGUAGUAGUAGUUCCGGUGGAUUAAUGAAUGGAAACUCAAUAUUUGGUAGCGGUGGUUAUGACGAAGAGGAAGGUCCCUCAGGUGAACGUGAUGACGAUGACGAAGAUGACGAGCACAAUAAUGUCGGCGCACACGGGCGCGGGCAUCCUGACUCUGGCUUGAAUAGUGGAGCAAUUUCCUUGCUGAAAUUGUUAUCAUCAAACGCUUUAACUAAUGAAAAUGGAGUGAUAUACUUAGAUACCUCCUCAGCGCAAUCUUUAUUGGCACAUUUUGGUGUUGGAGAUACCGUUCAUCGUGAGGAUGUGGACCUGGCCGAAGAAGAAGGAGAAGAGAGAGAUACAGACGAAGUAGAUGGUGGUGGUGGUUUUCACAGGAGGUCUACGGAAGAAAAUGAAACUAAUCAAAGAUUCGAAGAAGUUCAUGAUGAUAAUGAUGACAACGACGAAGAGAUGAGUGAAACGCCCAAGAGUGACUAA